AUGUCGUCCCUCUCAAGAGCUUUCACCACCCGCCGGGUGAAGCAGAGCAUCGAUCUCUCCGAUGCUGCUCGCGGAAAGGAGCGCAGCAACAACUUCAUGCAACGAAGCAAGACCACCAAGGGGCCGCCUCGGGCCAAGAUUUCCGCGCCUAUGGAGCUGGUUCACACAACCAACAUGCUCUCUUACAACGCUCCCGAUAUUCGACCCCGAACCACCUCGUCAAGCAACUCAUCCACCAAGUCAUCCGAGGAGGACUCGGAGAGCACUAACACUGCCGCUUCGUCGCCCCCGACCAGCCCCGACGUCGCUCCCCACGAGCGAUCUACCGACCCCGAGCCGAACCACCUGUCCUGCUAUUUCGUCGCCCCGAAUCAUGCAGUCAACCCCGCCACGAUUCCUGAGGUUCCCAAGAUCCCAAAGCGCGCCCCGUCGCACACUAAGCAGGCCUCUUUUGAUGCCAUGGCUCGCCAGCGCUCCAUGUCGUCCUUGUCCAAGACCUCCGAAAAGACCGUCUCGUCAAAAGCCAGCAUGACUUUCUCCUCUCGCGCGUCUUCUGGCUCCAGCGCUGCCUCUACCAUGUCUCAUAAUUCGAUCGCCUCCGCGCCAAAGACUCCCAAGACUCCGGUACCGCCCAUGCCGAGUCCCGCAUUCCACCAGCACCACCAGCAGCCCCAACCGAGACACGAGAAGGCCGUUGAGGCGCACCCCUUCGGCCGCGAGCUGGCCCAGGUCACCGAGAUCGCGGAAGAGUUUGGCAUCAAGGACCGCGUCAUGGACGAGGAGGAGCGCACCCUCAAGGCCCAAGGCCUUCGCAAGUUCGCUGCCGAAGACUAUCUCGCCGAAGUUCAAAGCAUUUUCACCAGCUUCUUCCCAGAGAAGCCAGCCAGCAGCCACGGUCACGCCCCUCAACGGCCAAUGGCUGCCGCGUGGAUCUAA